CUUCCCAAACCCCAAAAAAAUUCCGAUUAUUUUUCGAACUUUCUCUCUCUACCGCGUCAGCCAAAAAAAAAAAAAAAAUCAGAAAAAAAUGAUCAAGUCAUUGAUGCUAGUGGCCGCAAUGGUGGCGGCAUUGGUGGUAGUCCCCCGGGGCACCACCACCGUGCAAGCCGCCGUCAGUUGUACUGCCGCCGUCCAGACUCUGAACCCGUGCCUCGGCUAUCUCACUAGCCCGAUGGCGCCGCUCGGAAAUUGUUGCGACGGCGUCCGGAAACUCAACAACAUGGCCCAAUCCACCCCGGAUCGCCAAAGCGUAUGCAAUUGCCUCAAGCAAGUCUCCGGCUCGUACAACACCAUCGACCUCGACAAAGCUUCCCACCUCCCUGGACAAUGCGGCGUCAACCUUCCCUACAAGAUCAGCCCUGACAUAGAUUGCUCGACGGUUCAUUGAAGGCUGUUGGAACGAGGGUUUUUCGUGCAUUGCUAGAGCUCUUCACACACAUAUUAUAUAUAUAUAUAUAUAUAUAUCAAUGUAUGUAUGUAUAUGUGUGUGUGUUUCUAUGCUUUAAAUAAGUGGGGAAAGAGUUUACUUUAGCCCUUCAUGUAAUGCUCUUUCUCCAUGGUAUCUAUUGGUUUCUUGAUCUUGUAACCUUCUCCUUUUCAUAUGCUAUACUUAUUGCCUUUU